AUGUUCAUAAUUUCAAACGAUAAGAAAAACAUAACUUCACAAUCCAGUAUGGAUGAUAAUGAUUUACAAAAUAACUUAAACGUGGUAAACAUUGUUUCCCAACAGAGCCUUGAACAAAAGAUCGGGGAUAAUGUCGAGACACUUACGAAACAGAAACUUAUCGAACAGGAGACAAAUAGAUUAGAGAGAACUAAUAAUUUGUAUGAAAAAUUUAGAGGCCAGUUGGUAUCUUUGAGACGAAGAUUGAAUAACACAAACAGGAUAUCAAUAAAGGCAAAACUUCGAAAGGAGAUUCAACUAUUACAAAAUAAUGAUAUAGUGGAAACGUUGAAAGAUAUCAAAGAUAUCAAAAAAAGAAUAAAAGAACUCAAAAGGUCUAAUACUUCAGAAAGAAACGAAACUGAUAAGAAUGGAAGAAAAGAGGACGAAUCAGAAAGGGAUUUCCUUGUAAGAACCGGUCAGUUAACAGCGUUUGGCUCUAAAUCGGAGUUUGUAAUUGACACAGAAGAUAACGAAGUCAACAUUCAAGAUAACUAUGUAGGUACUGUAGAAUCAGAGGAUGAAGGUGAGAAGGAACAAAUGAAGAAAGACUACGAAAUGGCCAAUGAACAAAUGGUAGAAAAUAUAUCAAAUCACUCCUCAGAGAGCGAUUAUAGACCUGAGGAGGAUAUCCAAGAAUUGGAAUAUGAAGAAGAUUAUGAUGUUACAACAGUCCCGAAAACCAACUACUCUGUAGAUGAGGAGCUUAGUGAUACUGACUUGGUUAUUAACAGAGGCAAAAUAAAGGUAAACGAAGCUAACGACGAUGGUGAUGAGCUGUCAUACCAGAAAAGACUAAGGAAAUGGAUAUCUCAAAGAUCAGAAAAUCGUCUAAACGAUUCAAAUCCUUCUAUUCCAGAGUGGCAGAAACCUCAUCCUGAAAUACCAGAUGCGAGAUUAAACGACAUUUUUAAAAUACCUGGUGAUAUAUAUCCGUUAUUAUUUAACUACCAAAAGACCUGUGUUCAAUGGCUCUACGAACUGUAUCAACAGGGUGCUGGGGGAAUUAUUGGAGAUGAGAUGGGUCUGGGAAAAACAAUUCAAGUAAUUGCUUUUUUGGCUGCUUUACACCAUUCUGGCUUGCUAAAUGGACCAGUUUUAAUUGUUUGCCCUGCCACUGUCAUGAAGCAAUGGGUGAAUGAACUACACCAUUGGUGGCCACCAUUUCGUUCUGUAAUACUGCACUCUAUUGGUUCUGGUAUGUCUCAUAAAAAGAAUAUAAAUGAUGAAGAGUUUGAGGAAUUAAUGAUGUCAUCUAACCCAGACCAGUUUUCAUACGAUGAUUUUGAGAAUUCUAAAAAGGCUAAAUCGUCACUUGAAUCGUCAAUGCAUAUAGAUAAUUUGAUCAAGAGGGUAGUUGAUAAUGGCCAUAUACUUAUUACUACGUAUGUAGGAUUAAGAAUACAUUCAGACAAACUUUUGAAAAUAAACUGGGCAUACGCAGUACUCGAUGAAGGUCAUAAAAUUAGAAAUCCGGACUCUGAAAUUUCUCUGACUUCAAAAAAACUGAAAACUCCAAAUAGAAUUAUUCUAUCAGGAACCCCAAUUCAAAACAACCUUAAUGAGUUAUGGUCACUUUUUGACUUUAUAUACCCGGGAAGAUUAGGUACAUUACCUAUAUUCCAACAACAAUUUGUUAUACCGAUCAAUACAGGUGGCUACGCUAAUGCUACAAAUAUACAGGUCCAGACGGGUUAUAAAUGUGCCGUUGCACUGAGAGACUUGAUUGCACCGUAUUUACUAAGAAGAGUAAAAAGUGACGUCGCAAAGGAUCUUCCUCAAAAGAAAGAAAUGGUUUUAUUUUGUAAAUUAACUCAAUUUCAAAGAAAUAGAUAUCUAGAAUUUUUAAACUCCAACGAAUUGACUCAAAUUAAAGGCGGUAGGAGACAUGUUUUAUACGGUAUUGAUAUCCUACGAAAAAUAUGCAAUCAUCCUGAUAUACUGGAUAGAGAACAGAAACAAUAUGAAGCGGAUUAUGGAAACUCCAGAAGGUCAGGAAAGAUGCAAGUAGUUAAGCAACUAUUGUUAUUAUGGAAAAAAGACGGUAAUAAAACUUUACUUUUCACCCAGUCUAGACAAAUGCUCGAUAUCUUGGAAAAAUUUGUAUCAGGUGCAGAUCCUGAAUUAGCUAAUACCAGUUAUCUACGUAUGGAUGGUACAACAAAUAUUUCUAAACGACAGGCCCUAGUUGAUCGUUUUAAUAAUGAAAAUAUUGAUGUAUUUUUACUAACGACAAAAGUUGGUGGCCUAGGUAUCAACUUGACUGGUGCAAACCGAAUAAUUAUUUUUGAUCCGGAUUGGAACCCGUCCACUGAUUUACAAGCUCGUGAACGUGCCUGGAGAAUUGGCCAAAAGAGAGAAGUUUCAAUAUAUAGAUUAAUGGUAUCUGGUUCAAUUGAAGAGAAAAUAUACCACCGUCAAAUUUUCAAACAAUUUUUGACAAAUAAAAUUCUAACAGAUCCGAAACAGAAAAGGUUCUUUAAGAUGAAUGAACUCCAAGAUUUGUUCAGCUUAGGUGGAGAUGAUGGAUUGGUAUCAGAGGAACUUGCAAAUGAAGUGCAACGACAUACUCAAACACUGAAGGAAUCUAAAACUACACAGAGCGAUGAUUUUGAACAAGUGGCGGGUAUAUCGGGAGUCUCGAAAUUAGAAGGUUUCUUUUCCAAAGAAGUCAGUGAUGAGAAGAAAACGGAGGACGAUCGGUUGAUAGAGGGUCUACUUGGCGAUAAAGGAAACCUGGAAAAUGCCAGUACGCACGACCAAGUAGUUGGUUCACACAUGGCCUCAAAGAAAUCUACCAAUUUAAUUAGCAAAGAAGCUGAUAGAAUUGCAGGUCAAGCUGUUAAUGCCAUCCGUGAAUCAAGAAAAAAGACUCAGAAAUUUAAUAUUGGUACACCAACAUGGACUGGGAAGUUUGGAAAAGCUGGAAAAAUUGUGAAAAAGAAAACAAAAUCUAUAAGAAAGAAUACUAUAGGGUCGACAGAUAUUUUGAAAAAUAUUCGACAAAGACAAUCAGAAUCCCAGAAUACAUCCACUGAGAACAUUAAUAGUGAUAUAAAUCGUGAAAUAAUGAUGAAAAUUGUCAAUGCAUUAGAUGGAGCAAAGGAUAAUAUGUUACCUUCGUCAUCUAUCAUUAAUCAUCUAGGGGUUAACAUGAAAGAAAAAAAAGAUAUUAUCAAUAUCAGAGCUUUACUGAGGGCCGUUGCUACAUUUGAUGAGAAUAAGAAAGUCUGGAAAUUAAAUAACGAAUUCUGUUCUAAUAUAAAUACUUCGUAA